AUUUGUUCUGGACAGGAACAUCUCUUCUUUGUAAUGGAGUACCUGAAUGGAGGUGAUUUAAUGUUCCACAUCCAAGACAAAGGACGCUUUGAUCUAAACAGAGCCACAUUCUAUGCUGCUGAGAUCAUAGUGGGCCUACAGUUCCUCCACUCUAAAGGAAUCAUUUAUAGAGAUCUGAAGCUUGACAAUGUGAUGCUGGACAAGGACGGCCACAUUAAGAUAGCAGACUUUGGCAUGUGC